UCGUAGGAAUGAUGCAUGGUCAAGGUCAAAAUCCAUAGCAAAACAUUUUAAUUUAUUCAACUAUCGACUGUAACACGUAGGUCGUAGAGCAUAACUUCAAUAUUAAUAAAAAUGUAAUAUGAAAGAGCUCCACACGCAGUUUCAUGCACUCGCUCCAUCUCACUCCCUCGUAUUCGUGCCAUAUGUCGCCUUAUCUCUUUACGUGGACUCGUGUCGGUUCGAGACUCGUUCGGGUGGACUCGCCGCGCCACGCCUCCGCGCCGCGCGGUACCUAUGCUCUAAUCAUGUCCGCAUGUCCGUCAUGUUCAACGCGUUCGUAGUUCCUGCAUAACAGUACACUUGGAAUGGAAAUGGAACUGUCUGAACAUGUUAAUUUUGACAACUCGGAUUGAAUGAUAUAGUUCCAUAUGAGGACAUAGUUCCAGGAACUAUUUAGGUCCGGAACUACGCAUGUCUAUCCCCGCUGAAUCGGCCUGAUAAGAUAAUUCAUGUCCUAUAUAAGCGGCAUGUUUAAUAUCCCGAGUAUAUCAAUAACUUCUUCGAAUAACUAGUUAUUUUAUGAUCUGAAUAUACAUUUAUUUUAGUGUAUUUUAAAGUUAACACUAAAUAUCAAUAGGCAUUUAAUUCAUACUCAUAGUACUUACCAAGCUGUGAAAGACUAAUUUUGAUCUAAAACAAACGUGGUGGAAUACUGUACAUAAAACAACGUUAACGAUGGAAAAUUCGAAAAUAUUGGAAUUUUUGGAAUUGGUAGGGCGCCUUAAGCAUGUCAAAAGAACGGGUUGGAUCCUCUGUGAUAUUAAUGAUUGUGAGACAAUAGCCGGCCACAUGUACAGGAUGGGAAUCAUGACAUUCUUACUAACAGAAGAAAAUAAUCCUACUAAAUUGGACAGAAUAAAAUGUCUUCAAAUAGCUCUCAUUCACGACUUGGCUGAGUGCAUUGUUGGAGACCUCACACCUCACUGUGGAGUGAGUCCUGAAGAAAAACACAGAAGAGAAGAUGAGGCCAUGAAGACAAUUUCAGGACUAACUGGAAUUGCUGGUGAUAGAAUGUAUGAAUUAUACAAAGAAUACGAAGACCAAAGUUCACCUGAGGCUAAAUUUGCUAAAGACUUGGACCGUUAUGAUAUGAUCCUACAAGCAUUUGAGUACGAAAAACGUGAAAAUACUCCAAAGAAAUGUCAAGAGUUCUUUACUGCAACAGAGGGAAAAUUUGACCACCCGUUUAUACAAGAUUUAGUCAAAGAACUGUACUUGCAAAGAGAAAUCUUUGAGAAACAUACCGUUGUCAAUGGUCAUGUGUAAAUGCAUAAUUAUAGUACAUAACUUAUAUGAAAUAUGAUUCCUCAAAGCAUAAUAUAAUUUUGUCUAGCAUGGCUAGAUGUGAUGGCUAUAGGCUGCCUAUCUAUUAUUUUUUAUCUUUUAUUCUUUUCUAAAUGUAGGAAAUUAUUAUUGUUAUAAAGGCUAACCUUUUUAAGUUUCUCAGAAACUGAUGCUUUCAUAAUAAAAACUUUCGUUGCUAAGCACAUCAUAUUAAUUGUAUUUAAUUACAAAUAUUUAAAUGUUACCUUCAAAAGUAAAUGACAAAGUUAUUGUAAUGUUAUUAAUUAUAAGUUAUUAAUACAUAUUACUCUCGACAUUAAAUAAAAAUGUACUUAAGGA